UCGCGGCAGUUCCCGCCGUGGCCAGCAGGCGUCGCUCUGCAGCGCUCAGCUGUUUCCGAGCGCUGAAACAGUAGAAGAAGAAUUGAAGGCGCUUCGGUGAAAAUCAAAAUGUCUGCUCCGAAAACCAUUCCUAAAGAUGCUCAGGUGAUGGUCCAGAUCCUGAAGGACAUGGGGAUCACUGAGUACGAGCCUCGAGUCAUCAACCAGAUGCUGGAGUUCACCUACAGAUACGUCACGACCAUCAUCGAGGACGCCAAAAUCUACGCCACACACGCCAAGAAGUCCACCGUGGACGCUGACGACAUCAAGCUGGCCAUCCAGUGCCGCAUGGACCAGUCGUUCACGUCACCGCCGCCGCGAGACUUCCUGUUGGAAAUCGCAAGGCAGAAGAACCAGACUCCCCUCCCGCUGAUCAAACCCUACGCCGGACCGCGACUUCCUCCAGACCGCUACUGUCUGACUGCGCCCAACUACAGACUCAAGUCCAUACAGAAGAAGGUGUCGUCGUCCGCCGGCAGGAUAUCAGUGCCUCGCCUCAGCGUCGGCGCCGUCUCCAGCAGGCCGAGCACGCCGACCCUCGGAACUCCGUCUGUCCAGUCCGUCACCACUAAAGUCGGAGCUCCGGUGUCUCAGAGGUUCGCCGUGCAGAUCCCGCCGCCCUCUCAGACGGCCACCACCAAAACCACCACGCCGUCCACACCCGCCGUCUCCAAUGUCCUUAUCAACCCGUCUCUGAUUGGCUCCAAGAACAUCCUCAUCACCACCAACAUGGUGUCGCAGAACUCGGGCGGAGAGUCGCUGAAGAGGAAACACGAAGACGACGACGACUACGACGCUUUGUGAUGCCGCGACUGGAAAGAUUGACCCCCCCCAACAUGAACUGAUCCAGAUCCAGGUCCAGAUCGUGGCUCACUAAGAACCCGUGAUAUUAAGUUUUUAGUUUUUGUAGGACGUUUGUUUAAGCCGAGAGACGACCUGCUUCGCCUUCUGCUCCCACUGGCAGACCAGUGAGGCGAACUCACAGGAAGCCUGCUGUGAUGUUUUCACUGAUUUACAAUAAACUGCAUCCAAAUAAAACCUGA